GAAUUUAAUACAGCCAGUCAUAUCUUAAAUAUUUACUAUGUACCUGUUACAAGCAUUAUCUCACGUAAUCAUCACGCAAGUCUAGCAGAAAGAGCCUGAUCUAAUUUUCAGAUAUGAAAUUACCCGUGUUUUCCCCGAAAUGCUGUUAAAACGAGUGUGAUAAAGCAGCAUAAGCGACUCUAAGGAGAUGCAGUAGUGCAGCUUCCUUUAUUUAGGUGAGCAGAAAACGCGGGAGCAGGAGGCACUUCCCAGGUCCAAACGCCCGGCACAGGCCCAGCCACAGCGUCAGAAGGAACGCGACAUGGUUUCAACUGCAAUGGAACCAUUACUUUUGCUGAACAGGAACGGAAGAACACUGCUGCGUUAUCAGCUCUCCUAGGGAGAGCUGCAAAUGAAAUCGAGUCCAGGCUCACGACUGCUAGAGAUGCGCUAGGGCCUCCAGCCCGCGUGACUUUUUGGGGGGAGCGUCCGGGUGACCGGAGCGUGGGCCCGGGCUUGGCUGGUUCCAGGGCUUUAGGGGUGAUCCCUUUCUCCUGGGUGACUUGGGGUCGCCCCUUAGCCUCCAAAUAAAAGAUGUCUAUUUUUUUCAUUCGUUCUGCAAACGUUUAUUAAGUGCCUAUCAUUCUCCCAUACACAAAACGCCGCAGCGAUACCAACCAAGACCCAACGCCCACGAACGCGCGUCUGGGUGUCGGCCGGUGUACGUGUAGAGCGACGGUGCCUGAGGCGCCUGCCCCGGGGCCAAAGGCGAGCCUCACAGCCUCAGCGCCCGGCCGGCGCGCGCCCGAGGGUGGCACUGCCCCACGUACAUGCACACGCAUAGGAACGCUGGGCUCCCGCGUCAACGGCGCUCUCCCGGCGCCGGGCGCGGGCGGGAGCUCAGAAAUCGGAGCAGGACGCAGGAGCUCCAGGCGGGGCGAGUGCCCGCGAGCAGUGCUCGUGCAUAAGUUGCUCAACUCCCGAAGCCCCGCCCCUGACCCGCCCACCCCUUCUCCCGCGCGCGGGCUCCGCGCGCCCCAAGCCGCACGCGUGCGCGCGCGUGCGCAGGCCAGGGCCCUCCGGGGGCGGCCCCGUAGACUCCAAGGAAAGCGUCGCACAGUCCCUGAUUAACCCUUUCCCUGCUCGCCAAUUUAAAGGCCCGGUCGGGUUCCGUGCCUGCGCAAGCCGGCGGCGCGCCUUCCCCCUAGCCCGCACCGCGCAUGCACGGGAAGGGGGGGGGGUUACUGGUGGGGGUGUUCACGGCCGGCUAGACAUUCUGUGCUCGUGCAGGAGGAGGGCUGCUACCAUCAGGGACGUGCACGAUUCCCCCUACCCCGCCCCCGCCCCAAACUGGAAAGAAAAAAAAAAAAUCCAAAACACACUGCCACUACCGUGCCCCCGCGCCCGCGUCCAUCCCGUCCCCGGCCUGCAUACAGCGAACGCGGGGAGCCCACGGCGAGUGUCUGUGGCUGUGUCAGGCUGCAGGACUGGCGUGCCCCUGAUCAGUAAUUCUGAUCUGAAGAAUCUGGUGUCUCAAGCAUUAAGACAAUAGCCUGAGUUGUUCAUGGAGUUUUUCAUCAGUAUGUCUGAAACCAUUAAAUAUAAUGACGAUGAUCAUAAAACUCUAUUUCUGAAAACACUAAAUGAACAACGCCUGGAAGGAGAAUUUUGUGAUAUUGCUAUUGUGGUUGAAGAUGUGAAAUUCAGAGCACACAGAUGUGUUCUUGCCGCCUGCAGCACCUACUUUAAAAAGCUUUUUAAGAAGCUCGAGGUUGAUAGCUCCUCAGUAAUAGAAAUAGAUUUUCUUCGUUCUGAUAUAUUUGAAGAGGUCCUGAACUACAUGUAUACAGCAAAGAUUUCUGUGAAAAAAGAAGAUGUUAACUUAAUGAUGUCAUCAGGUCAGAUUCUUGGUAUCCGAUUUUUGGAUAAACUCUGUUCUCAAAAGCGUGAUGUGUCUAGUCCUGAUGAAAAUAAUGGCCAGUCGAAAAGUAAGUAUUGCCUCAAAAUAAAUCGCCCCAUUGGAGAUGCUGCUGACACUCAGGAUGAUGAUGUGGAAGAAAUUGGAGAUCAGGAUGAUAGUCCAUCUGAUGACACUGUAGAAGGCACCCCACCGAGUCAGGAGGACGGCAAAUCACCUACAACUACGCUCAGGGUUCAGGAAGCAAUCUUGAAAGAGCUGGGGAGUGAGGAAGUUCGAAAAGUAAAUUGCUACGGCCAGGAAGUAGAAUCCAUGGAGACCCCAGAAUCGAAAGAUUUGGGGUCCCAGACCCCCCAAGCCUUAACAUUUAAUGAUGGAAUGAGUGAAGUGAAGGAUGAACAGACACCAGGCUGGACAACAGCUACCGGUGACAUGAAGUUUGAGUAUUUACUUUAUGGCCACCAUCGGGAGCAGAUUGCCUGUCAGGCGUGUGGUAAGACAUUUUCUGAUGAAGGCAGAUUGAGGAAGCAUGAAAAACUCCACACGGCCGACAGGCCAUUUGUUUGCGAAAUGUGUACAAAAGGUUUUACUACACAGGCCCACCUGAAGGAACACCUAAAAAUCCACACUGGAUAUAAGCCCUACAGUUGUGACGUGUGUGGAAAAUCAUUUAUUCGCGCUCCAGACCUAAAGAAGCACGAGAGAGUUCACAGUAAUGAAAGACCAUUUGCAUGCCAUAUGUGUGACAAAGCCUUCAAACACAAGUCCCACCUCAAAGAUCAUGAGCGAAGACACAGAGGGGAAAAGCCUUUUGUGUGUGGCUCCUGCACCAAGGCAUUUGCCAAGGCAUCUGAUCUGAAAAGGCACGAGAACAAUAUGCACAGUGAAAGGAAGCAGGUUACACCCAGUGCCAUCCAAAGUGAGACAGAACAGUUGCAGGCAGCGGCAAUGGCCGCUGAAGCAGAGCAGCAGUUGGAAACAAUAGCCUGUAGCUAGGUGAUGGGACAGGAACACUCUGCCUGAGCUGCGGAGACUGAGAUUGCAUUGUUCAUAAUAAGUGAACACCAGUCCCUGUAUUUUUUGUGGAAACUUAUGGAGCAUUGUACUCACUGGACUUAAGGCAGUGCUUGGUUAGGUAUUUUAAAAACUUUUCAAGGAAAUGAUGUUCCUUGGUUCUCACUGAACAGUUUCACUGACCUGUCUGGUGUCUAGUAUUAAUGUUGCCAGUAAGUCCCUCCUCCUAAGUCCCUCCUCCUAUUUUUUAUGAUUUUAAUUUGAGGACUCCCGUGUCCAGUUCAGAAGUGAGAGACUUCUAUUCCAUUUUAAUUCCUCUCUACACUUGCUGCACUGGUGAGCAAACUGCACAGAGUGAUAAUUGAGUAAAUUGAUUUUCCUAAUCAUAACAAUUACAUGUGACUUAUGGUCAAAACAGCAUUUUUAAUAACUUAAUAAAAGUACUUCAUGUAGAUGCAGAAAAUACUGGUGGGUGGUUGACCACGAACACUGCACAAAUAUGAAAACAAGGCCUGGAGAUGUGGAAUGGUCUUAGAUUUAUAUUUGGUUUGCUAAUUUUAUAUCACUGUUUUUCACAGUUUUUGUGGACAAAUAAUGGUUGCUUUGCUGAAGUGUUUCUUCAUCCAUUUUUGAUUGCCCAUACUUACCCCUAAAGAUGUGGUAACAAGUCCCGAAGGCUGAGCAAAUCCACAGGGAUGGUGGUGGUCUUGGGGGCUGAGUUCUUUCAUUCCUCACAUUUGGGGCUUUGCCACUGAAACAGAUGAGGUUUGUGGAGUGGACCAGUGGUGACAGAAUUAGAAAAGGGUGAAUAGGAACCUGGCUGUUAGAGACAAGGCUUUUCACAUUUGCAAUAAUUCCAAGGUUUCCUAGAUCAAAAUAAUUCUUAAUUGAUUUUGAAAUUGGAUUUUUAUUUCGGAUCAAAAUUAGGACUAGAACAGAUAUGUCUCUUCAGAUACAUUUGUGUAACUUAACAGAAUGUCAUCAAGCUUUUGGGCUCUCUGCAGCACAUGAUUUAUCCAUAAAGGAGAUGCAAUAUCCUAACUUUAAUACAUUUACAAUCUUUUAAGUGUGUAAAUAGUAUAGAAGUGUUGGUCUUAUGUAUUUCAAGUAAAAGUAGACAGCUGCACUAUUUUUGCACAUUGGAUUAAGAUAACUUCCAUCAGCAAAAAAACAUCAGUCUGUUUUUAACCAAUAUUAAAGAUUGUCAGACCAAAUGUUUAUGUUUUUGAAGUAUAUUUCAUCACUGGUUAUAUAGUUUUAAGUAGACGUUGAUUGCCUUUUCAUAGCCGUAAAUAGAAUUAUAAAUACUGUUCCAAUUUUGGUGUAUGAAAUGUUUUUAAACCAUUUCUUUAGGAAUAUAUUGAAUUACCAACAAUAGUUUGAAUUAUGUUCUAUAAUAAAGCAUUAGUCAAUUAUUUUAAAAAUGUACAAUUUUAGAAAAAUGUUUAUUUUUAAAAUUUAUUUUUGGUUUGCUAGGAUUUUUUUUAAAGAUACAUUAAAGUAAUUUCAUUUCAUAGCUUGUUGCAGUAACACCUAUAAUUAUUGUGGUGGGAGACAUUUUGUUUUUUAAAUUGGUGUAUAUGUUAUGCUCAAGAUUGUAGGUUUUUAAGAAACUUAUUUAUUGGUAAAAUGUUUUAUUUAGUUUAAAAUUAAUUUAACUUCGUUUCUUAAAAAUUGUUUAUUCUAUCCUAAAAGUAGUCCUGUCACUGUUUAUAUACUAUUAGUAGAAGGGGAACUUACUGAGGUUCCUAGGCUGUUUUAACCAAAGCAAAGGAAAACUAAUUUAACAUCUUGUUGAGAGCCACUUCAACAAACCAUUUUUGGGGCUUUCAUUUUUGUAUAUAAAAGAAAAUAUACUUCUGUCA